ACGUGUCCGUAGAUAUUUCACAUUCUCUCUCCUAAAUUUUCCUAUAAAUGCAGGUUCUUCGCAUGCUUGUUUCAUUCAAAAGCAUUUGUGUUAGUUUUUGUUUGUGUCUUAAAAAUCUUUUGUUGUGUUUGUUUUUUGAUCUCAUCAUUUGAAAAUGUCUUGCUGUGGUGGAAACUGUGGAUGUGGAAGUAGCUGCAAGUGCGGCAAUGGCUGUGGAGGCUGCAAGAUGUACCCUGACAUGAGCUACACAGAAUCAAGCACCACUGAGACCCUUGUGAUGGGAGUUGGAUCUGCUAAGACCCAAUUUGAGGGAGCUGAAAUGGGAGCUGAAAAUGAUGGAUGCAAGUGUGGAGCUAACUGCACCUGCAACCCAUGCACUUGCAAAUGAAAUGGAAAAUGACCCAAUAAUUAUUAUUAUAUAUAACUAGUUUAAGUUAUGUAUUAUGUUUUAAUGUGUACUCUAGUGUUUGGUUUAAAUCCAAACACCCUUUUGGAGUAAUAGAAUAAAGAUGUUGUGUUAUGUUUAAAA